CGUUUGUGACUUCAUCACGACACAAGCUAUAAAGCUACACGUCCGUUUUAGUUUUAUGUUUGAACUGAGGCGAAAGCUUCAACGUUGAAGAACCAACUGAUCAGAAUGGAGUCUAGCGUAUUUGUUCAACCAUGUUGGAAAACGAUGCUCGAAAAAUCACAGGAAAUGCAGAAGUUGGUCAUCAAUGCAGGGUCACUUGUAGAGACUGAUAGUGGUAAACAAAGCAAAGAUUUAGUAGAGGUAUUGCUGGUUUUGGCAGAAGAUAUGCAGAGCAUUACUUAUUCAUACCAUCCAAAGAACCAAAAAGGAAAAACAAUUGACAUAUCUUCAAUUUCCUGCGUGUUGAGCGGAAAAAAUCUUCCAGAUAUCUUGCCAGAUGAUAAGAAAUCACGGUCUUUCUCUCUUGUUGUUCAGAGAGAAACGUUUGUCUUCGUGGCGCCGACCGAGGCGGUUGCAAAAUAUUGGAUUUUAGGUCUACAACGCUUGGUAGAUAACCAAARAUUAUGCCAUUUGUACAAAGAAAGAGAAAGAGAGUGGUUCAGAGAAGUGUUUCAGAAGUUUUCAUCGUCUGCAGACCAUAUUCUCAAGUUCACUGAUGUCCUCGAAAAAGUUCUCAACUCAGAUCGGAUGAUGAUAACAGAAGAGUUUUACACUCAGAAACUGAAAGAAUUUUUGAAAAAGAAGAAGUUGAAAUAUAAACCCAACGGUUUCUUUUCUACUAGAGAGCAUUUUGAGGAAUUUUACAAAUACACUUUUGAGAGAGAAGAAGUAGUCAACGUAUUUAGGAGGACAGCUUCCAACGGAGUCCUCGUCACGCCAUUUGAUCUCAAGUACUUCCUGACAAAAGAGCAGUUCAAGGGACAUGUCACGCUCGAGCGUUGCGAGGAAAUUAUUCGUGCGUUCGAAACCACGAAGACCGGGAGAGAGAAACUAGAAAUGCAGGUUGAAGGGUUUACACGCUUUCUACUUUCCAGAGACGGAGAAUUAUUUAAUAAAGCUCAUGAUCAGAUUUACCAAGAUAUGAGUCAGCCCUUACCACACUACUACAUCGCUUCGUCACACAACACAUAUCUUUGUGGACAACAGCUAAGAGGGGAGUCUAGUGCAAAAGCGUACAAAAAAGUGAUUGAGAAGGGCUGUAGAUGUGUGGAAUUAGACUGUUGGGAUGGAACCGAUGGAGAACCAAUAGUAUACCAUGGCCACACGCUUACAAGUAAAGUGUUUUUCAAAGACAUUGUGAAAGCCAUUGGUGAGAGUGCUUUCAAAACGUCACCAUAUCCAGUUAUCAUGUCACUUGAAAAUCACUGUAGCAUCGAGGCCCAGAAAAAAAUGGCAAAAUACCUCGAAGAGAUAUUGGGCGAAAAAGUCUACAAGAUUCCAGUCGAUCUGAAUUUAAAAAGCUUUCCAUCACCGGAAUUUUUCAAAUACAAGAUUUUAAUUCGUGGGAAGGUGGAUAGCAUCGAAGACGACGACGAGGAAGACCUUGAUAAACAGGAAACGGGUGAUGAGACCAUGGUUGAAGAUGCAGCGAAAAUGAAAGAGAACUCAAAUCCAUCAAUCAAGGUGACCACAUUGCCGGAAAAUGACGCGAAUCCGUCGUCUACUGCCUGUGCGCCGCCAGCUGUAAUUCCAUCUCCAGUGGCAAGUCCAUCAACAAGGCGGAGGUCCAGUAGAGCCAAAAGGAAGGUCRCGAAGGAAUUGGAAGACUUCAUUAACUAUAUUUCAAAUAGCAAGUUUAUAAGUUAUGCAGAAUGUGCUAUGAAUGGGAAGUUUUACCAGUCGUCAUCGUUUGGUGAGAAGGAUAUGGAAUAUCACGUGCAAAACAAUGCCGAAGCCCUCAUUGGUUACAACAUUAGGCAGAUAAGUCGUAUUUACCCGGGUCGGUUGAGAAUCGACUCCAGUAAUUACGACCCGCAGAAGGCCUGGAAUGUUGGAUGUCAGAUUGUGGCGCUCAAUCACCAAACCAACGACGAGCCAAUGCAUUUGUAUUAUGGGAAAUUUCGUCAAAAUGGCAGAGCAGGGUACAUUCUCAAGCCCGUCUUCCUCAGAGACCCAUCAUUCAAGUUCAACCCACUCGACGUAAGACCAAACAAAAGCAGCAAAACGUUAAAACUGACAGUCUUGAGUGGGCAACAACUUCCCGCCCAGGUAGACAUGUGGUCCUUCACUAAAGAUGAACCGGAUCCUUAUGUUCAGGUACAAGUAYGUGGAGUUCCAGCUGACGAAACCGUCAUCACUACCUCCUUCAAAAUGGACAAUAGUUUCAACCCAAUAUGGAAUGAGCGCUUUGAAAUCAAGGUCCUGGUGCCUGAGCUAGCAAUGGUGAGGUUUUCUGUUUGGGACAAGGAUAUUGGAAUAGAUGAUUUCAUUGGACAAGCGACGCUGCCUUUUGAGAGCAUGCAACAAGGAUAUCGGCAUGUUCCACUCAUGGAUAUGAACAAUGAGGCCAUUCCGUGUGCAUCGAUUUUCGUUCAUGUUCUCAUUGAGGACCUCAUAGUCGGGGACUAAUUUUGUCCUCUUUCCUGGAAAAGGGCUGACUUAUAAUCCGACAACUUGCAGCUUUAUUUGAAUAAAGCUAAAGAAAAAAUUUCAACAUCGAUCCUAAUUGAUCGUAAUCCGAAGGUGUACAAAUGCGUUGCUAAUGGGGCUGUUUUGCAAUUUGAGGAACGUCGUGUCAUCAGUCAGUUGACAUUUUAAGAAACAAAAGAAAUUUGAUCACUUUUCACUAUUAGCAAGUAAAAAGGAUGCUAUACAAGUAUUAAAGGUAUUCUCUARAACAAACAGCCCCAUGUUAAGAUAAAGUACAUGGUGCAUUAGAAGUGAUAACUAGCUAAAAACUAGUGUGGGCUGCGUCGGCGUUCCUAAUGAAACAGUAAUGAUAAAAGGGUAAAUUUUACACCGUGAAAAGAUGAGAAAACUUACUGACGUUUCGGAGGACCCUUUUAUCAUUACAUGACGCAUUGUUGUCUUGCCUUGGUUCAAACAUCCUUUUCUCACCAUGCCUUAUAUGGUGUCUUUCUCACCAUGCCUUAUAUUGUGUCCUGAAAUAACGAAGCCAAACCACAAUGCGCAUAGCUAUUUUAUCAAACGUUUCGUAAAAGGACUAUAGAAAAAGAAGCAUGGCUAAAGUCUCAGUUUGUCAGUCAUAUUUAAUAAAAUUUGUUAAAGAAUUUACGUAUCUGAAACAUAGAAAUGUCAGAUCCAAAUUAAAUAAAGCAUGUACUAACGUCAAUACUUUAAAACUAAAGCAGAUACAACAAUUGCCCAAUCCGUAAUACCAGAAAAUGAAGUAUCGAUAAGAUAUUUCACACGGUUUUCACCAAAUCUUUCCUAGAAGUCAAUAGCAAGAUAAACGUUCUAGAGUUGCUUGGACAUAAUCUUCUUUUAUGUCACGAUAAAGUCAAUUUUUACUCAAAAGGAUAACGAUACUCAGCCUUACUGGUGUUUCAAGACUCUUGUAAAGUUGAAUAUUGUUUUCCUCUUAUUUUCAACAUACAUUUAUUAUUUUUAUACAGUCUUUAUACUAAUGCAGUCCAUAACAGUUUUCUACACCCUAGAUGUUUGUUUAAUGUUAUACCCAAGUUUGAAAUCAAUAUUCAGUUCUUAAGUUGGUUGCACAGAUAUUAAAAUAAUGGUCUAUCAGUC